AUGGCGACAUACUACGAGCCUCCGCAGUGGUCCCCUGCUGGCCAGACCGGCUGGGAGCAUCAGACACCCCCUCCGGCUCGCUCUGGUGCCAAUUCUGCCAUCCCCCGUGAAGAGUCGGCAGCUUUUGGCCACCAGCUCGAGGAGGUCGACCGGGCCAUUGACAACCUCUUCAAGAGCGGCAAAAUGUUUGGAGGAGGAUCUGGAGGCCGACGUGAGUCGCUGCCCAAGCCCGGCCCCGCCAGGAAGUACCCAGACUUCGACGGGCGCAUGGUAGGCGGCCCUGGCCCUCGCCCCCAUUCCGCGACCGACUUUGGUGACGCCCGCGGCCCUCACCCGUCGUCGAACCUCCAGAACUUCUAUGCCGCUCAGCGCCACCAGUCCUCGCGCGGCUCCAACGAGGCGGAGCAGAUGAUGCAGGCCAAGAGGAGAAUGGCGGCCCAGCGGGAGCGAGAGCUUCGGAAUUACCAUCAAGAGCAGCAAUAUAAUCGAACCGUCCUAGCUGAACUGGCGACGCCGUACAGCAACCCAAAGUCGGACCGGUCUUUGAGCCCUGGUAACAUAUCCGAGGAAGACCGCCGCAAGCUCAUUUCCCAGCAGCAGAGCGCAUUAUACGGCGAGGGCUCGUUUUCCAAGACUGGUGGCUACGUCGACGAGACCGGAGCUCCACGGCAGGCCCCGGCUGGUGGCCCGCCGAACGGGCCGGCCGCCCUGCGUGGCUCCUACGAAUAUGCGGCCCACUCCGAAGCCUCUCCCCAAACCCCAGUCGAGGCCGCCCAGGGUUCUCAGUCUGCGGGGCAGAAUGAGCGCUCUCGUGCUAACAGCAACUCGAGCCCUCAAUCGAACCCGUCUGGCAGCAAGGGCGCUUUUGACAUCCCCGUCGCGCACCAGUCGAGCCGCACCAGCGCCUCGUCGCCGGGCGGGUCUCCCCCGCGUCAGAGUGCCCCGGGCACCAAGCCCGGCCAGGGCUCGGUCGCUCCCAUUGGCACACGGCCCUCCGUGUCCAGUGCGCCGCCGAAUCCCGCUCUGAGCAAGCGGUCCACCACGCCUCUGCCCUCGCCCCUGAGCCAGGGCUACACGCCUCUGGGUAACGAAGAGGGCGGCGCCGCUCCGUCGAACCCGUCGGCUGCGACGGACGGCCCCAAUAUGGGUCUUUCCGGCUGGGGCCCUCGGCCCACCGGCUGGGGUGGCAAAUCUGGCCUCGGCGUCCAGGCGAGCGUCUGGGGCUAA